GGGGGUUAGUAGAUGGGUGUCACUUAUUUAGGCACAGUGAACACACUUUACAUGCGCACAUGCAACUGCUCCGGUGUGCAGACAGACAGACAGACAUACAGACAGACAGUAAUGUCCUCAUCAAAUAAUGUUUCAAACUCCACCAACAGGUUCGCGCAGCCUCCGUGGCGCGUGGCGCUCUGGUCGCUCGCGUACGCGUUGGUUCUGCUCGUGGCCGUGACGGGAAACCUGAUCGUUAUCUGGAUCAUUGUCGCACACAAGCGGAUGAGAACGGUCACCAACUACUUUCUGCUUAAUCUGGCGGUGUCGGACGUGUCCGUGGCCGCUCUCAACGCGCUCGUGAACUUCGUGUACGCGGCGCACGGCGACUGGUACUUUGGAGAUGCGUAUUGCCGCUUCCAAAACUUCUACCCGGUGGCUGCGGUGUUCGCGAGCAUCUACUCGAUGAGCGCCAUCGCCUUAGACAGGUACAUUGCUAUCAUCCACCCGCUGAAGCCCCGCCUCUCUGCAACAUCCACCAAAUGUGUGAUUGUGUUGGUGUGGAGUCUGGCCGUGACGCUGGCGUUUCCUCUGUGUUAUUACUCCACCACUCGAGUGAUUCCACACCGCACGCUGUGUUACGUGGCCUGGCCGAGACCCUCGCACAACUCCUUCAUGUAUCAUGUGAUCGUGGCAGCGCUGGUUUAUGUUCUGCCUUUGGCUGUGAUGGCCGUCACUUAUACCAGGGUCGGACUCACUCUUUGGGGGGGUGAAAUUCCGGGAAAUUCCUCAGAAAAUUUCCAGGAUCAUCUUCAGGCAAAGAGAAAGGUUGUGAAGAUGAUGGUGAUUGUGGUUGUGACAUUUGCCUUGUGUUGGUUUCCAUAUCACGCGUAUUUCAUCACGACGGGUCUGAAGCGCGAGCUUAAUAAAUGGAAGUGGAUCCAGCAGAUUUAUCUGUCUGUGCUGUGGCUCUCCAUGAGUUCCUCAAUGUACAACCCCAUCAUCUACUACUGCCUGAACAGCAGGUUCCGCGCUGGGUUCAAGCAGGUCUUCCGCUGGUGUCCUUGCAUCCAGGUAUCAGAUUACCAGGCGGAGUUAGAGGUGCAGACGGCACGUUUCCAGCAGAACCGACAGAGCAGUGUGUACACAGUGGCACGAGCAGACUCAUGCCCUGAAGCCAGCAGCACUCGACGCAAGAGCUCGUACACCAGUCACCGUGGCGGCAUCAAUGGUCAACCGCAGUUGAAUGCAGAUGUUACAUAGUCACUAGUUGCUGACCGAUAUAAGAUUUUUUAAGGGCUGAUAUUGAAGAUUAUAUGCUAAAUAUAAAGAUAUCUGCUUUCAUCUCACCCCAGUGGAAUGACCACAUGUUGUGCAUUGUGUUUCCAUUCUGAUUGAAUUGUCAAAUUAAAAAAGGAUAAGUCAUUA